GCAGCGCGUGCAACCUGUCACCUCUGCAUGCUCUGCUCUCUCUCUCAACUUUACCUUCUUCACCUCCCCCCUCUCUGUUUUCCUUUCCUUGCACCCCCUCUCUGUUUUCCUUUCCUCAUACCUCAUUUUAUCCAUUUCAUAUAACUUAUUUACUUCUAAAAUAAAUUCAAGAUUCUAACAUUGUUAAUACAAAAACAAAAAAAUGAAAGAUUCAGAAAAACUAACUCCAAUUUCAGUGAGUCCAAUGCAAUUACAACAAAGAUCAUCACAUUCACAUUCAAAUUCAACAAAGCUUAUGCUAUGGUUAAUCCUCUCUGUUUCUUUAACCUACUUCAUCUACACUCUCAAACUUGUUUCCACUCCAAGCUCCUGCAACCACAACCACACUCCAUUCACCGUCAACCACCACUCUUCCAUUUCCACCACCGUCAACACAACCAAUUUCACUUCCACUACACCAACAAACCUCCACCACGUCGUAUUCGGCAUCGCGGCAUCAUCAAAACUCUGGGAACAGAGAAAAAACUACAUAAAACUCUGGUACAAUUCAAAAAAAAUGCGAGGAAUAGUUUGGUUAGAUGAUACAGUAAAAACCGAUCCAAACGAAGAUCUUCCACCGGUGAAAAUUUCCACCGACACUUCGAAUUUUCCAUACACAAACAAACAAGGUCAUCGAUCAGCGAUUCGGAUUUCGCGAAUUGUGUCCGAAACGCUGCGUUUAGGACUUAAAGAUGUGAGAUGGUUUGUAAUGGGAGAUGACGACACCGUUUUUGUAACGGAGAAUUUAAUUAGGGUUUUGAAUAAGUAUGAUUAUAAUGAGUUUUAUUAUAUUGGGAGUUUAUCGGAGAGUCAUUUGCAGAAUAUAUAUUUUUCUUAUGGUAUGGCUUAUGGUGGUGGUGGAUUUGCGAUUAGUUAUCCAUUAGCGAAAGCACUUGUGAAAAUGCAGGAUCGGUGUAUUCAUAGAUAUCCUGGUUUGUAUGGUUCUGAUGAUCGAAUGCAAGCUUGUAUGGCUGAACUUGGUGUUCCACUUACUAAAGAAAUUGGUUUUCAUCAGUAUGAUGUAUAUGGGAACCUGUUUGGGCUUCUUGCGGCUCAUCCAGUGACUCCAUUGGUAUCGCUACACCAUCUUGAUGUCGUUGAGCCGAUCUUCCCCAAUGCUACAAGAGUAGAAGCACUUCAACGCCUUACAAUACCAAUGAAGCUUGACUCAGCAGGACUCAUUCAACAAUCAAUCUGCUACGAUAAAGAAAAGAAGUGGACGAUUUCGGUCUCAUGGGGUUUUGCUGUUCAGAUAUUUCGCGGAAUAUUUUCACCCCGCGAAAUUGAAAUGCCUUCAAGAACAUUCCUCAAUUGGUAUAGAAGAGCUGAUUACACUGCUUAUGCUUUCAACACACGUCCUGUUACUCGAAACCCGUGUCAGAAGCCUUUUGUGUUUUACCUUUCAAAGGCGAAACUCAAUUCUACAAUACAACAGACAGUUAGUGAAUAUGAAAGGCAUCGUGUUCCUCAUCCAGCAUGCCGAUGGAAAAUGGCCGAUCCUUCUGCUCUUGACAAAGUUGUUGUAUAUAAGAAACCAGACCCACAUCUAUGGGAUAGGGCUCCAAGGAGAAACUGUUGCAGAGUGAUGAAGUCAAAUAAGAAAGGAAGAAUGGUGAUGGAUGUUGGUAAAUGUAAAGAUGGUGAGGUCAGUGAACCUUAAUUGUAACUUGUGAACCGAUCAAUAUUAGGAUCUUGUCUAUAUUAAUUCUUUGUUUUUAUUUCUUUCAUUUAUUGAAUCUAAAUGUCAAAUUUUGUCAUUUUCCCUAAAAUGGUUUUUUUUUUUUUUUUGGAUAAGCAAAAUAUUCCCUAAAAUGGGAUUGGUUGUGGAAAGAAGAUAUGUGGUCAAAAAAUUGUAAUUUAUAAUCAUAUUAGACACACAUUGUAAUUUAAUUUACUGAAAUAAAGUUCAAUUUUUAAUUUUA